ACCCAAAUAAGUGCAAUCGAGCAAAUCAGUUAGUGCGUAGCAAAACUCUGUCGUACGAUUUAAAAAAUAUUGAAUUUACUAUACUACCCAUAUAAAUUGUAUGAACGAUGUCUAGUUUGACAUUUUUUUUAGCAGUAGUUGUUUCGUUGCAGAUCGCGCAGGAUGGCGUCCAUUCGUGUGUACUGCGAAGUCACAAGGAAAAGGUUGUUGGUGUACAACCCGGGUGUUCUAUUCCUGGUGCCGCCGAUCCAACUUCAGCAAAUUCGCGCCACACAGUAGCUCCGUGUGCGACACCAAAACACGGACAUCAAUACCCCGACGUGUUAAAUAAAAUUCCAAGUAUUUCACCAGUUUCGUUUAAAUCUUCACUACUAAUUCCAACUACUGUAGUCACACCUCCGCCGGUCACGAUACCGCAGUAUUUAACUCCUGUUUCUGGCAUUUCCAGUAACGACAGAAUCCUUUUAGAUCUUUUGCUCGAGUAUUUAGCUACACAGGAAGCAUCACAUCGGCUACCUUUGCCAUCAUCGAGCUCACCAUUUCGUACUCCUAAGCCUGCAAGUUUGCCUGUAGUAUUAACGCCUACUCCUUAUCCUUCAACGCCUAACCAGCAGAAUAUCCCGGUUGACCCACAACAGAUCCUUUCACUUUUGUUGUCUGUUUCAGGACCCGGCUCCGAUUUAAUAAAUCCUGCAGUCCCCUCAGAUCGUUUACUUCCUUCUUUGUCAUCCACUCCGGCGGCACAUAUCACUGCUCCACCCCCCGGCGUCAUCGCCGUACCAAACGCUAAAAUCGAAGCAACAGCAGCAGCAGCAAUAGAAUCAGCAGCAAUAGUGCCUGUCGACGUCCCGAAAUCAACAUCUUUACCAGAAACUACAUCUACCAUAUCCGAACCGUCGAGCACAUCUCCAGCGACAGACUCCAAUAAUGUAUCUGCGAACGCUGCAGUCCAGUCAUCGGAUCCCGGGUCGGCUGACGUUGCUGCUGUAGCUCCUGUUAACUCAUCGUCUGACUCGUCUAUAGUUGCACCAGAAACUUCCGGUACUGCAUUAGAACCUGCAGCGAGCCCAGCGCCAGCUCCGGCUCCAGUCUCAAACACUGUACCCGCAGCCGAUUCCGUCUCCCCAUCAACUUCCGCCGUCGAAUCAUUAGAACCACUUUCGCAACCUCCAUCCAAUAAUACGACGCCAAGCAUAGUAUAAAUUACAAUCAACAACGAUUACGUGUUCUCCAUCAAUAGUUUAAACACACUUGGUACACUUUCGAUUUUCGUAUGUAUAUAGCAUAGUAUACAUUUUAUACAUAGUUUAAUACAAAUAUGUAUUUGUAAUGUAUAGUUAUUGACUAAAGAGUCUUAUUGAAUAAAUUUUUAAAAAAAAAAUAUAUAUAUAGGUAUCUAAGAAAAUGAUAAUAUUCGUAUUUUACAUGAGUGAGGUACAUUUUUUUUAAAUUAAGUAAAAUUGAAAUUAUAUUUUUUAUUUUAAAUGUGAGUGCCUAUAUGAUUUUAUCGUAAGUAUACAUAAUAUACUUACCUAUCCAGAGUACCAAAAUUGUUACAAAUAAUUUGUAUAUAUGAAUUAAUAAAUAAUAAUGAAAAUAUAUUUUGUUGAUUUAACAAGCAACUUAAUUUAAAUUUUAAAUUGUUUUUUUAUGUUAUCAAUUUUAGAACUUAAACUAUUAAUGUAUACAUAUUAUAAAAUUUGAAUACAUAUAUUAUGUUGAAAUAUUUUAUGAAAUAAAAAUAAAGUAAACUACUGAUAGAAA